AUGCAUAAUAUUAGACUCGUCGUUAGGAAAGCUGAAGGCGUCGUAGCCUUGAAUUCACCUGUUUUGUCUUUGCACACAGGAGGACAACCUCAUAAAAGGAGAAGAACAUCUGAACCGCUUGAAAUAGAAGGCCGCUUGGAGUCAUUGAUUUGUAGAGUUGGAGAGAAGAGCUCAUCAUCACUGGAAAGUAACUUGGAGGGCCUUGCUGGUGUCUUGGAAGCUGAUCUACCGAACUAUAAAAGCAUUAUCUUAAGAAUCCUCUGUUCCGUUGCUCGCAGUUUGCCAGAGAAAAUGACCGUUUACAGUACUUUAGUGGGGUUGCUGAAUGCUCGAAACUACAACUUCGGUGGGGAAUUUGUAGAAGCCAUGAUUCGUCAGCUCAAGGAAACUAUAAAAUCCAAUUUGUAUACAGAAGCUACUUACAUUGUACGCUUCCUGUCUGAUCUUGUGAAUUGCCAUGUUAUUGCAGCACCUUCUAUGGUUGCAAUGUUUGAAAACUUUGUUGGGGUCACCCAGGAAGAAGAUCUACCUCAGGUCCGUUCUGACUGGUAUGUGUUUGCUGUCCUCUCCUCCUUACCCUGGGUUGGAAAAGAGCUUUAUGAGAAGAAGGAUGUUGAGAUGGACCGCAUUUUGUCACAGAUUGAAAGUUACCUCAAACCACGUCAAAAAAUUCACGUGUCUAUGUUACAAAUAUGGUCUGCAGAUAAACCUCACCCACAGGAGGAGUACUUGGAUUGCCUGUGGGCACAGGUUCAAAAGCUGAAGAAGGAUCGCUGGCAAGAGAGGCACAUCCUACGUCCAUACCUUGCUUUUGACAGCAUACUUUGUGAAGCCCUGCAACAUAACCUCCCUCCGUUCACACCCCCACCUCACACAGAGGAUUCAGUCUAUCCAAUACCUAGGGUUAUUUUCAGGAUGUUUGAUUACACAGAUGCACCAGAGGGUCCAGUGAUGCCUGGAACUCAUUCUGUUGAGCGAUUUGUUAUAGAAGAAAACCUGCACUGUAUUGUUAAGUCACACUGGAAAGAGCGGAAAAAUUGUGCUGCACAGCUACUCAGCUAUCCAGGCAAAAAUAAGAUUCCGUUAAAUUAUCAUAUUGUUGAGGUCAUCUUUGGAGAAUUGUUUCAGCUUCCCAUGCCUCCACAUAUUGAUGUUAUGUAUACAACACUGUUAAUUGAACUUUGCAAACUGCAGCCUGGAUCUUUGCCACAAGUGCUUGCUCAAGCCACAGAGAUGCUUUAUACACGAUUAGACACGAUGAAUGCAACUUGUGUGGACAGGUUCAUAAAUUGGUUUUCGCACCAUCUAAGUAAUUUUCAGUUCCGAUGGAAUUGGGAAGAUUGGUCUGACUGUCUUGCUCAAGAUCUAGAUAGACCUAAACCACAGUUUGUUCGUGAAGUUUUAGAGAAGUGCAUGAGGCUUUCUUACCAUCAGCGGAUAUUGGAUAUCGUACCCUCGUCAUUUUCUGCCUUGUACCCAGCAGAGCCCAAGUGCAUUAAUAAAUAUGGGGAUGAGAGUAGCAGUGCUCUACCUGGAUAUGCAGUUGCUGUGACUUUAACAACUUCCAUCAAAAAUAAGGCCAUGAAUGAUGAUAUUUUUAAUAUUUUAAAAGAUUUACCAAAUCCAAAUCAAGAUGAUGAUGAUGAUGAAGGAAUCAGCUUUAAUCCACUUAAAAUAGAAGUUUUUAUGCAGUGCCUGCUGAACCUGGCUUGUAAAUCUUUCAGUCAUUCAUUUAGCGCACUUGCAAAAUUUCAUGACGUAAUAAAAGCACUAACUGACAGUGAAGAAGGGAAGAUUCAUAUUCUGAGAGUUGUUUAUGAUGUCUGGAAAAACCAUCCCCAGAUGAUUACCGUUCUUGUAGAUAAGCUUAUACGGACCCAGAUUGUUGACUGUGCUGCUGUAGCCAAUUGGAUUUUUUCACCUGAGUUAUCCAAUGAGUUUACAAGAUUGUACAUUUGGGAAACGUUGCAUUCUACAAUUAGGAAAAUGAACAAACAUGUUCAGAGAAUUCAGAAGGAGUUAGAAGAUACAAAACAAAGAUUGGCCAAGCAACACAAACGUGUAUGUAAUCUAGAGAGCAAAAGAGACACUGAUGACGACAGUGGAAGGGAGGAUGGGCCCCUGGAGGAACAAAUAGAGCGCCUACAAGAAAAAGUGGAGUCUGCUCAAAGUGAACAGAAGAAUCUUUUCCUUGUCAUUUUCCAGCGCUUUAUCAUGAUUCUGACAGAGCACUUAGUACGCUGUGAAACUGGAGGCAUUGAUGUGAUCACUCCAUGGUACAAGAACUGUAUAGAAAGGCUUCAGCAAAUCUUCCUACAACAUCAUCAGAUAAUCCAGCAGUACAUGGUGACACUGGAAAAUUUGUUGUUCACAGCAGAAUUGGACCAUCAUAUCCUGAAAGUCUUCCAGCAGUUCUGUGCACUACAGGCUUAA